AUGCCAAAAGUCACCAAGCUUCUGAACGAAUUUUAUAGAUCUGCAAACUCAAAGCAAUAUCCAAUUGCAAUCAUGAAUUUUAUUGUUCCAACCAAGGUGUACGAUGUCAAUGUAACACCAGAUAAAAGAAAAUUCUUUUUCUCUGAUGAAGGCUCUCUUUUGAAGUCCUUAAAAGAAGCUUUGUUGGAGAUCUAUGCCCCACGUCUUGCUAGCUUUUUGGUACAUGGACCUGAGGAGCUCACUCAGGGAGGAAACACCUCAAAGCUUUGUUCUCCUCAUGAGACAUUGAGAUCCUCACCUGCUGUUAAACCAAUAAAUCUGGAUGAUUAUAGUUUAUCAAAGACAGACUUUACACUUAAAUUUCAUGGCAACAUCAUACAACUCAACAAUGCAGAAAGGAACAUAUUCACCUCAUUCUGCAGGUGCUGUCCAGUCGCUGCUUACAACAUAAAGCAUGAGAGCAUCAGCAGCAAUACUUUAUCUGAGGUCCCUGUUCUUAGAACUACAAAAAUAGAUAUGGAGGAUUUGAUUUCAAGAUUGAAUCAAGAAAUAGCAGUUAAAGAUUAUCUUACAAAAAAGGUGAAUGAUUUGGAGGAGGAGCUUGAAACUACAAAAGUGACAAGUAAUGAAAAUCUUCAUCAAGCAAUUUUAAUGGAAAGAGAAAGAGUUACUCAAAUGCAGUGGGAUAUGGAAGAACUUAGAAGGAAAUCACUAGAAAUGGAGUUUAAAUUGAAGUCUCAAUCUCAACAGGAUGAAAACGUGGAAAUAGAAGAAAAAGACGAGUUACUUAAGGAAUUGGAAGAUACCAAAAGUAAACUUGACCAAUUGUCAAAGAAACAUCAAGAAUUAGAAAUUAAAUCAAAAGCAAAUGUGAAAAUUCUUGUGAAAGAGGUUAAAUCACUUAGGAGCUCACAAGCUGAAUUGAAACAACAACUUAAUCAAUCAGUUAUCGAGAAAUCAGAGGCAGAGAAACUAGUGCAACAAGAAAAGGAAAGAAUGGAAGUUGGUAGAAUGAAGUUGCUUCAUGAAGUUGCUCCCGUAACUUUCACUUUUUUUCUUCUUCCGAUCUGCCUCGUCAUCUCCUGA